AUAAAGAACAUAUCACGGACACACACAGAGACUGCAACACAGCUAAACACUGAUUGGUUAAUUCAUUAUGAGUUGAUCAUUAUGUUGGUUGAGAGAUUUUUGGUGUCAUUGUCUUUAUAUCUCUCUUAUUAUCUCUCCUUUGUCUUUCAUCAGUGCUUUAGUUGCCAUCUAUUGUCUACAACUUCCUCAUCUCUUGUUUUUACAUUACAACAACAAAGUAGCGGCUUUUGAAGAACGGGUCUUAUCUCUUUGUGUGGUCUAUGGCCACAUUUUCUACGCAUCUCUCUCUUUACCACCCCAAAAUGCGUUUUUUUCGCAAACUCUAUGUACUUGAUUUAGAUUUGCUUCUUCAUGCUCCUUUUGUACAAUCUUCAGAUUUGUAACGUGUUCAGAGCUUAAAACACAAAGUGGGUCUGUUUUACAGCUUAAAAAGUUUGUGUCUUGGUAUGAAAUUUCUUUGUUUUUGGUCGUGCCAGUGCCCUAUGAAAUAGAUUCUACACGGGAAAAAGACAGUAGAGGCAUUGUGACUCCUUGGCGACACCAAUCACUGCAGUGGGUUUGAGCAGAGAUGAUAACCACCAGAAAUAUUGUGUUGCUGCUGCUUUCUAUUACUGUUGUUGCUCCGAUUGUGCUCUACACUGAACGUCUUGGCACAUUCAAAUACCCCUUUGCUGAGCAGGAGUUUAUUGAAGCGGUAACUGCAUUUGCUGUCAGUGCAGCAGAUUCUGGCCGUUUGAAUCUCCUGCCCCAGGAAUUUUCUGCUGCCCUUGAGGAACCAAGUGAGGUUGUACAUAUCAAGGACACUACAAACACAAAGAAUUUGCCUCGUGGCUUUCUCUUUUCCAAACCGGGGGAGCAUGCUUCUGCGAGGGUAUUGUCAGCUACAAAUGAGGGAGGUCAAACUAAAGGUGAGAACCCCAUCAAACUGGUGACCGAUGAAAUUAAGAAAGGAAAUCAAAGCGGCAACCUGGAGAAGUAUGAUACAACAGGUGAUGUUGUAAAUGGGGAAGAUGCUAUUGAUGUUGAUGACAAUGAGGGGAAACUAGCUAAAUCUUUUGAUGCUUCUGAUCAAGCAUCUGAAACUAUGGACACUAAGCAGGAGCAACAGCAUACUGAAUCUUCUGGUCAAAUAACCAAGAAAGGACCCUCAUUAUUGGAAACUGAUAAGCAUAAUGACCCAAAACCAGCUGAUACUCGACUGAGACAACUAAAAGAUCAGCUCAUCCAGGCCAAGGUAUUUCUUUCCCUUCAGGCAAUAAGGAACAUUCCCCAUCUCACUCGAGAGCUUCGAUUACGGGUGAAGGAAGUCUCACGAACACUAGGAGAUGCAAGCAAAGAUUCUGAUUUACCAAGGAAUGCAAAUGAGAGAAUGAGGGCAAUGGAGCAAACAUUGAUAAAAGGAAGGCAAGUUCAGAAUGAUUGCACCUCUGCUGUGAAGAAGCUUAGGGCUAUGCUCCACUCAACAGAGGAGCAGCUUCGUGUGCACAAGAAACAGACCCUGUUCUUAACACAGUUGAUAGCAAAAACAUUGCCUAAAGGUCUCCAUUGUCUUCCAUUGCGCCUUACAACUGAAUAUUAUAGCUUGAAUACUUCUCAGCAACAAUUCCCAAAUCAACAGAAGUUAGAAGACCCCCAACUAUACCAUUAUGCUAUAUUUUCAGAUAACAUAUUGGCAACGGCUGUUGUUGUGAAUUCUACUGUUUCCAAUGCCAAGGACACCUCAAAACAUGUUUUCCACAUCGUCACUGAUAGGCUCAACUAUGCGGCAAUGAGGAUGUGGUUUUUGGUGAAUCCACCACGGAAGGCAACCAUUCAAGUUCAGAACAUUGAAGACUUUACAUGGUUGAAUUCAAGUUACAGUCCAGUUCUUAAGCAGUUGGGUUCUCCUUCUAUGAUAGAUUUUUACUUUAAGACUCAACGGGCAAGUUCUGAUUCGAACUUAAAGUUCCGGAAUCCGAAAUAUUUAUCUAUAUUGAACCACCUUCGUUUCUACCUGCCUGAGAUAUUUCCAAAGCUCAACAAAGUUUUAUUCUUAGAUGAUGAUGUAGUUGUGCAGAAGGAUCUGACUGGUCUUUGGUCAAUUGAUUUGAAGGGCAAUGUUAAUGGUGCAGUAGAAACUUGUCAACAAAGUUUCCAUCGUUUUGAUCGUUAUCUCAAUUUCUCAAAUCCUCUUAUUGCAAAGAAUUUUGACCCUCGUGCAUGUGGAUGGGCAUACGGCAUGAAUAUUUUUGAUUUGGUUCAAUGGAAGAAGCAAAACAUCACCGAGGUGUACCACAAUUGGCAGAAGCUGAAUCAGGAUAGACAACUAUGGAAGCUAGGAACACUGCCGCCCGGUCUCAUAACAUUCUGGAAACGCACUUUCCCACUGCACCGUUCUUGGCAUGUCUUGGGUCUAGGCUACAACCCCAAUACCAACCAAAAAGAAAUUGAACGGGCUGCUGUUAUACACUACAAUGGAAACAUGAAACCAUGGCUUGAGAUCACUAUUCCCAAGUUCCGAGGUUAUUGGACAAAGUAUGUUGACCAUGAUCUUGUGUAUUUGCGAGAAUGCAACAUCAAUCCAUAGAUGAUACAUUUAAUUUUCAAAGUGUUCUUGGCAUUUGAUGUGUUCUUAUAGGUCUGCAACUCCAUGUGUAGAGCUUGUAUUUUGUUACAGCUUCAUGAGUAUGUUGUUAUAUAGGUCUGCAACAUCAGUCAGAUUUCGAUUUCGGCAUGGAAAAAUAAACCCAGCCAAAAUCAAUUCGCUCACAUAAUGAAAUGUUAGUGUUACUUAAAA